CCGUUAAUUCGUACAUUUAAUCCGUUUUUUCAUCGGUGGUUCUUCCUCCUACCCUGCAGCCGUACAGUCUCCAAACGAAAAUGGGAAUCGUCGAGACGUACCGUUUCCUCAUGGAGGAAAUUUCCGAUCCGAGGGUGAGGAAUUGGUUCCUGAUGAGCAGCCCGUUACCGGUGGCACUAACGCUCCUCGCCUAUUUGGGAUUCGUGUUGUACUUCGGGCCGCGUUUUAUGGAACGACGCAGUCCCUACUCUCUCCACAGGUUUAUGGUCGCCUAUAACAUCUUCGUGGCGAUUUCGAGCGGGUUUAUAUUCUACGGGCUCCUCACAUCGGGUUUCACAACGAACAUAUCCCUCGGCUGUGAACCAGUCGAUUUUUCCUACAGCCCUGAACCUCUGAACAUGGCGAGAUGGGUUUGGUGGUUAUUGUUGUUGAAAAUCGUCGAGCUCGGUGACACGGUGGUUUUCAUACUGCGGAAGAAGUACAACCAGGCAUCGUUCCUUCACAUUUAUCACCACGUUGCCACCGUCAUGCUUUCCUGGAUAGCUUGCAAAUACGCUCCGGGCGGAAUGUGGACCUUCGUUAUGCUGCCGAAUUGCCUUGUUCACGUGAUAAUGUACACUUAUUAUUUACUGGCGUGUUUGGGACCUUCGGUACGGAAGAAACUAGAACCUUGGAAAUCUUAUCUGACGAUGCUUCAAUUGAUUCAAUUUGUGAUAAUGGUGGUGCACACGGCGCAAUCGCUGAUGCCAUCGUGCGAGCCGAACCGGAAACCGCUCGCCUAUAUUUACAUGUUCAACGUUGUAGUUAUAUUCUAUAUGUUUUGGGACUUUUACAAGAGAUCGUACAGCAAAAAGAAGUCCCGGUAAAAAUGUGAAACCGAAAACAAAAAAAAAAAAAAUUAUAUUACAAUGUAACAU